AUGAGUUCCACAGGUGCUUGCAUGGACGAGGACAUUGCCAUCGUUGGCCUUGGCCUUCGCUUCCCUGGGGAUGCAACAAAUCCAGAGAAUCUUUGGAAGAUUCUGGAAAAUGGAGAAUCACAGUGGUCAGAAAUCCCAAAGGAUAGGUUGAAUGUUGACGGAUACUUCCACCCGAGCGGAAAUCGGCAAGGGAGUAUUUCGUUUAGAGGAGCGCACCUUCUCAAAGGAGAUGUUGGAGCUUUUGACACCACGUUCUUCUCGAUUCCGUCAGAGGAUGCCAAAGCCAUUGAUCCUCAACAACGGAUGUUGUUGGAGGUCUGCUAUGAGGCGCUUGAGAAUGCUGGGCUGAGAAAGGAAGAUGUUUAUGGAAGUGAUACUUCUGUUUAUGUCGGAUCGUUUGUCAAAGACUAUGAGCAAGUUUGUCUCAGAGACCCGGAUUGGUCACCACAGUAUGCUGCUACAGGCAAUGGCAUCGCCAUUAUGGCCAACAGGAUAUCAUAUUUUUUCAAUUUCCAUGGCCCAAGUAUGACAGUAGACACUGGCUGCAGUGGGAGUUUGGUAUCCGUACAUCUGGGAGCUCAAAGCUUGCGAAACAGAGAGUCAUCUAUCGCCAUUGCAGCAGGUGCAGGCAUGAUUCUCACCCCAAGCACCAUGAUGCCAAUGACAGCCCUAAACUUCUUGAGCCCUGAUGGUAAGUGUUUUACGUUUGACAAAAGGGCCAAUGGCUAUGGUAGAGGAGAGGGAAUCGGAGUUGUUGUCAUGAAGCGUAUCUCCGAUGCGCUUCGGGAUAACGACACCAUUCGUGCUAUUAUACGUGGUACCUCGGUUAACCAGGAUGGCCGAACUACUGGAAUCACUCUUCCAAGUAAAGAAGCUCAAGUAGCAAACAUCCGGUCUGUGUACGCAUCUGCCGGUCUCGAUUUUGAGCAAACGGCGUACGUCGAAUGUCAUGGGACAGGAACACAGGCUGGAGACUGGAGAGAGCUCAAGGCUAUUUCUGAAACAUUAGCAGCCGGUCGAGAUACAAAGGAACCGAUCGUGGUUGGAUCCAUUAAGCCGAAUAUCGGCCACCUUGAGGGUGCCGCAGGAGUUGCUGGAUUGAUUAAAGGACUGAUGGUCCUUGAAAAGGGCAAAAUCCCUCCCAAUAUCAACUUCCAGACCGGUAAUCCUGAUAUUGACUUUGAAGGCUGGAAGGUCAAAGUCCCAACCUCAGUCAUGAACUGGCCCCUGGAUGGGCUUCGCAGGGUGAGUGUUAAUUGCUUUGGCUUUGGAGGCACCAAUGCCCAUGUUAUUCUAGAUGAGGCCCCCGAAUAUUUGUACUCUCGUGGCUUGAUCGGAAAUCAUAGUUCGGCGGACGAAUCACCUUCAAGCCCGCUCAUAUCCCCUCUUGAUACUGAAGCAGUUGCAAAUUUCCCUGCGAGCGAGUAUCAGCUCUUUCUCUACUCGGCUCAUGAGAAGAGCGGAGUGUCACGUACCAUGACUUCCCAUUCAGAGUACAUCAAAUCAAAGGUGAAGACAUGCCCCCCAAGAUUACUGAGAGACUACUCUUACACUCUUGCUUGUCGCCGAUCAAAUCUGGAAUGGAAGGGGUUCGUCGUCGCAAAAUCGAUCAAUGAGCUUGCCACCAAGCUCGAGACGGCUGGGUCGUCCGACAUCGUCCGUUCCUUGAGAGGAGAUACUGCGCAGAUUGCUUUUGUAUUUUCUGGCCAGGGAACCCAAUGGCCCAAGAUGGGUCAAGAUUUGAUGGAGUUUGAGGUUUUCAAAAACAGCAUUGAGGAAGCAAGCGAGUAUCUCCUGCAGUGCCUGCAGUCUCCAUUCAAUUUGUUGCAAGAGAUUUUGAGAGAUGAGUUCGAUUCAGCCAUCUCUUUCCCGCAUAUCGCACAGCCUGCCACAACAGCAGUUCAGGUAGCCUUGGUCGAUCUUCUUCAUUCAUACGAUAUCACGCCUUCAAGCGUAGUAGGUCAUUCUUCUGGAGAAAUUGCAGCAGCUUACGCUGGUGGUGCCAUUUCUCGAUUCCAGGCGUGGGAGAUUGCGUUCUUCCGUGGUCUGGCUGCUAUCAGUUUACCUUUUCGGGCUCCAAAAUUGAAGGGUGCCAUGAUGGUGAUUGGUAUGUCCAUGGAAUGGACCAGAAAGUAUUUGGAAGAGAGUGGGAAAUCAGCAGAAAUUGCUUGUGCCAACAGUCCCGAAUCGACCACCAUAUCGGGAAGAAUUGAGGUCAUAACAGAUAUUGAUCAGGAUCUAACGAACCGAACACCAAGAGUUUUCCAUCGCAUUUUGAAAGUGCGGACUGCAUAUCAUUCAUCCCAUAUGAGGCUUGUUGAGGAGGACUAUAGGGACUCCCUUGUUUCCAUCAAGCCACGAGAGUUUCAUGAGGGGGUAAGAAUGUUCUCUUCACUCACUGGGAAGCCAAUUCAAGGGGAUCGGUUAGUGCCACGGUACUGGUCAGAUAACAUGGUGAAUCAAGUACAGUUUGUGGCUGCCAUUACAUCCAUGAUGGAACAACCAGCUCAGACUCGCCCGACUAUUCUCGUCGAAAUUGGUCCGAAUGCUGCACUGCGGUCACCCACGACAGAGACCAUGGCGUCAAUUUUGGUCAAAGAUUCCAUUCCCAUGUAUUACUCGGUUCUACAGCCAAAGUUUAACGGCGUUUCGAAGCUUCUCGGCCUAAUUGGCGACCUUUGGAUCCAAGGCUGCCCCCUAAACAUGGAACAGGUUGUUGUUCGAGGCCGAAUCCCAAAUGUCAAGUGUCUUACAGAUCUACCCCCGUACGCUUGGAACCAUUCCAAGUCAUACUGGCAUGAAUCGCAUCUCAGUAUUACUCAUAGAAAUCGAGCUUACCCGCGUCAGGACUUUAUUGGUGCCCCAACAACAGACUCAACUCCAUUUGAACCACGGUGGCGUGGUUUCCUUCGCAUAUCAGAGAACCCCUGGAUCCAGGAUCAUCAAGUUCAGAAAACAAUUGUCUACCCUGCGGCAGGUAUGGUUUCUAUGAUACUUGAAGGGGCUAAGCAGAUUAAACCGGAAUUGGACGGAUUCUUGGGUUACGAGAUCAGUGAUAUGACCAUCUCAAAGGCCAUGAUUGUUCCUAACAAUGAGCAUGGACUAGAAACGGUGCUGAAUAUCAAGAUAGCCACUGAUCUUCAUGGAGAAAUUCGGUCAACCGCCCAUCACGAGUUUUCGAUCUAUUCGAAGCACUUGACACGCGAGUGGGAAAAAAACGCAACAGGCUUAAUUCAUUUCAAAUAUGCAACGGGAAGCCCUUUGACGUUAGCCACAGCUUGUCAGAUCCAGAUGGACAAAGUUUCGGAUGACUGCAAGGAAGCAAUAAGUUCCCGUCAGCUUUAUGAAGCCUUGGAUACCAUGGGCAUGAACUACGGGCCAACCUUUCAGAACAUGUCCGACAUGUACAAAGGCAACGGGGCUUGCAGAUGUAAAAUAACUGUGCCCGACACGAAGGCUAAAAUGCCCUCAAAGUUCGAGUACCAGCACAUUCUUCAUCCCGCUACCUUGGACUCAAUGUUUCAUUCCUUGUUUGUCAUAGACGCAGUGCCCAUGGUUCCAACAUAUAUAAAGAGUCUCUUCGUCUCAACCGGCAUUGAUCAAGAUGGCCCCAAAAGUUUCUCUGGAUUUGCGACUGCGGACCGAGUUGGGUUGCAAGAUGCUUCUGCAAAGAUUGUCAUGAACGGCAGUGGCCACCCUGGGGCUCAUGUUGUCAUUGACGGAAUAUAUCUGACUGCUCUCCAAUCUACUGGUUCAGUCGAGGAUAUGUUUCUGCCCAACUUCCGUAAUCUCUGCACCGAGAUUAUCUGGAAAAGGGAUGUCUCCUUCAACCUGCCGACUUCGCUUGCAAUGCAGAUUGAUCUCCUGGCUCACAAGUAUCCGGGAUUGGCUGUGUUACAGGUUGGAGGCAACUCGCGGAGUGCAACCAAAUUAUUACAACUCCUUGCUCCUACUGAAGAGGAUACACCGCGCCUGUCGAAAUUCACCUUGUUGAGCCCUCCUGACUCAAGGGCAUACUCUCGGAUUAUGAAGAAAUUCAAGCGCAGACCAGCAGCGGCUUUCAUUGAGCGCAAGACGGAUAUAAGAGACAUUAGUGGUUUUUAUCAUCUCAUCGUCUUUUUUGAAGAUUCUGGAGUUGAAAUUGGCAGCCUAAAGAACCUUCUUGGAGCUGGGGGCAUUCUCAUGCAGUUGGAGCCCAAUUCUGUAAUCGCUGAGACCAAUGCCAAAGCACAACAUCCCAUCAAUGCAGUGGUGCACAAGAAUACUGCUGUCUUCACCGACUUGAGUGCUUUAACGUUGAUUUUACUCAUCCCAGACGAGUCCAAUGACGAGAUUGCAGCUUUUACUGAGAUGGUGACGUCUUGGAGUGCCGGGUUGGGGCUCGUGGUGAGGGCAACGACUUCUCGAGAAAUCCUCAACCUCGAGGCUCUCGUUGAGAACUCAGUUGUUCUUUCACUUCUCGACGUCUGUUAUCCAUCCGAACAACCUUGCUCUAUUCUGCAAUGGGAUGAGUCCCACUUCAACUUGUUCAAAGAUCUUCAGAAGUCGGCAAAGGGGAUGAUCUGCCUUACUCGAGGCGCUCAUAUGAACCCCCAAACUCUCCAAGGCUCUUCCAUCAUUGGCUUGGCCAGAACUCUCAUGUCCGAGGAUCCUCGCAAGAUGAUUGUCACAUUUGACGUAGAUGUUGCCUCGCAGCUUGCGGAAACGACACUAGUGAAGAAUAUCAUAGCUGUGUUUUCUCAGACCUUUUGCAAGGAACCCAGUUCAACCAGCUCUGGUUGCCUCGAAACCGAGUUUGCGGAGAAAGAUGGAGAAAUCUUCAUUCCUCGGCUGAAGACGAUCAAGCCUUUGAACCAAAUCAUUGAAGGGAACUCGCCAAGUGCAGUUAAGCGUCGCGCGUUUCACGGCCCAGAAGAGACCGAUGCGAUAGAUUUGAAGCUAUCGCUGGUCAAGGUUGGUUUGUCUGAAGACUCCUGUCAGUUCACCGAGUUUCGACGAACAGACAUACGUCCUGAUGAGGUUGACAUCAAGUUCCGCCAAGCGCUUCUUACCUCUCGGGAUGUUGAAACAGCUCUCGGAAGAAAUGCAGAAUCUACCAUUGGCCUUGAUGUGCGAGGAACCAUCACCAGAGUAGGACGAGAUGUAACCGAGUUCCGUCCCGGAGACGAAGUAGUUGCCCUGGUGUCUGGCGGCAGUAUUCGAACCACCGCUCGCGCCAAAGUGCAAUUCGUUCAACGCCACGAAACAGCUGCUUUUCCGAGUCUACUCGUCAGUGCUUACUACGCCAUUGUUUAUAUGGGCAGGGCCAUGGCCCGGAAGUCUGUCUUAAUUCAUGCUGGCGCGAGUCCGCAUGGCCUCGCCGCAAUGCAGAUUGCAAAGUUAUCAGGGGUCCGUGUAUUUGCGACGGUAGUUGGGCAGAAUUCAGAUGACCAACGAAAGAUUCUUACGGAUUGUGGAUUGCCUCCUGAGCUAAUCUUCAACGCUGCGGACGAUUAUGUGCCAUGUUUGCUGUCAAUGACAGGUGGGAAAGGCGUGGACAUGGUGUACGGUACGAUGGAAGAUAGCGCAGACUGUUAUGACAAAUGCGUCAAGAACUGUGGUGUCGUUGUUCAACUUGCGAGUGGCAGUCAGCAUCAUGUAAGUCGAAAAUUCGAGAUGACGCGUCAUGCCACUGUUGUCAAUUUCGACUUGAACGACCUAUUGCGAGAAGAUGCAGAUUUUGUAGCGCAAUUGUUUCAAUCAGUAUCUGAACUCUUGGCUGGCAAGCAGUUUGAUGGUUCAAUCUUGGACGGCAUGACAACAGAUUUCGGAGUGAACGAUCUCGAUAAGGCACUUCAGCACAUCCAAUCGGUGCCAUAUCAGGGACUCUGCACAGUAUCAGCUACCUCUGCAGGCGAGCAUGUCGUAGAUGUAUUUUGCGCCGGCCAGUCGGAAACUCUGAGCGAUGCUGUUGACCCCGAGGGAACAUACGUACUGGCUGGUGGACUUGGUGGUCUUGGAAGAAGCAUAUCUGAGCUUCUUGUUGCGAGUGGUGCAAAGCAUCUUGCGUUCAUCUCUCGAUCAGGCGCAGCAACUAAUGACCGAUGCCGUACUUUUAUCGAGGAACUGCAAAGCAGAAAUGUUGAUGUGAGAGUCUACCAAGCAGACAUCUGCGACGCGUCUUCACUUUCUGCCGUUGUGAAGGACAAGCUCUCUGUUGAAAUGCCACCCAUUCGGGGAGUGUUUCAAUGCGCAGCCGUCAUCCAGGACUCAGUAUUUGACAACAUGACAUACCCAAUGUGGAAUACAGCCUUUAAACCCAAGAGCCAAGGAUCAUGGAACCUUGUCGAAACCAUGGCAAACUCGGGUACCAAGCCAUUCUUUGUCUUCUUGGCCAGUUCAGCCGGAGUCAUUGGCAACCGAGGACAAGCCAACUACGCAGCAGGAAAUAGCUUCAUGGACGCUCUAGCCCACUACUGUCGUGCUCAAGGCAUACCAGCUGUAUCCAUCGAUCUCGGUCCCGUCCUAGGAGCAGGAAUGCUUGCCGAAGACGACAGCAUGCUCGACAAGCUCCGCGCAGCCGGUUUCUACGGCAUCCGUCACGAUGACUUCCUGACGGUUGUCAAGCAUGCGAUUACAAUGGAAAUUGGUCCGUCUGGCACUGUCACGCCAGCCCAGGUCGUUCUCGGAAUUGGGACAGGAGGUUUGAUACGUCAAAACAAGCCAGCAGAUCCAUACUGGUCGCGUACAGCCCUGUACUCGUACCUGAGCUUAGUCGACAUGCCACCACCAGACCUGAGUGGCUCGAAUGAAGCGCAAAAUAUAGAUAUGAAGACGCUCUUGGCGAGGAGCAAAAACACAGAUGCGGCGACGGAUCUAGUUCGCGCCGGACUCUCCAACAUGCUUGCCCAGGCCAUGAACCUGCUUCCCGAAGAGAUUGAUGUCAACAAGCCCCCGAAUGCGUAUGGUGUCGAUUCCCUGGUCGCUGUUGGCGUCAGGAACUGGGUGUUGAGCAAUUGCAACGUCGAAGUUUCGGUGUUUCAGGUGUUGAGUAACGACACGAUCAUGGAUUUGGCUUGUGUGAUUGCCAAGACAGGAGGAUAUGGACAGGCGUCAUAA